GUUUACUCAGACUCAGCUUUGGAGAUGGGUCUGGAACUGAGUUCUCUGCACCUCACCCUUGGGUGCGAGGUGGAGGCCCACUUCUGGGCCGCUUCUGCGUGUGGCAGGUGAUGUGCAUUUGACUUCUGGAGCAGUUUCAAAGAUAGAUGCCAAGCGUGUGCCUAUCGCCAUCUCUAGAGUGCUUCUAACGGCUAGUCUAACCCAUGGCGGUCUCCUCUUCCCAGGUCACGCAAACCAAAGUUCAAUCAGACCUAGAACUGCCCCAGCGACUGAAGCUAGGCCUAGAGAAAAACCCCGAAUCUCAAGGAGAAGAACCAUUAUGCAUACUGAGGGCCACAGCCGCAGCUCAGACCCUAGCCAGUAUCAUCCGGUCUUGUUAUGGUCCCUAUGGCCUGCAGAAGUUUCUGGUGAGUGCCCAGGGAGAAACGGUUUGUACAGGUCAUGCUGCUGCCAUUCUCAAGGCUCUGGAGCUGGAGCACCCAGCUGCCCGGUUUGUUCAAGAAUUAGCCCAAACCCAGGCAGAGAACACGGGGGAUGGCACGGCCUUUGUUGUUCUCCUGACAGAAGCCUUGCUGGAACAGGCCCAGUACCUUCUGUGGGCCGGCCUAACUCCAGCCCAGCUCCGGGAGGCCUUUGUCACAGCCACAGCAGAAGUCCUGACCGCUCUACCUUCCCUGGCCAUCUGCUCUCUAGGGCCUUUGGAAGACCCUUCCUGGGCCCUCUAUUCUGUGAUGAGUACCCACACCCUGUCCAACGCAGAGUAUUUAACCAAGCUCGUAGCACAAGCCUGCUGGAUUAGCAGGGAGCCAAACGGCAGCUUCAAGCCCGAGAGCAUUGUAGUGUGCAUACUUCAGGGUGGGAUACUGACUGAUUCCCGAAUUAUCCCUGGAAUAGCAAUAUGCGGGAAACUCUGUGGACGAAAGACUGAGGUGCUAAACGAUGCCAGGGUGGCCCUGUUCAAUUGUCCCUUUGGUCCUUCAAAUCCAUUUGCGCCGGCCACACUCCGUCUCUCCAGCCCGGAAGAACUGAUAAGAUUUCGGAAACAAACUGAACAAGUGGAAAUGGAAAUAGCCGAACUGGCCAUGAUGGGCAUUAACGUGGCAGUUGUCUUGGGGGAAGUUAAUGAGAGGUCGGUGGACCAGGCUGACUACUGUGGCGUCAUGGUGAUUCAAGUCAAGUCCCGAAAGGAGAUUGUCUACUUGAGUGAUAAGCUGGGUGUUCCUCUGCUCAAUCGGAUCCUUCCUCCCCUGGAGCCUGGGAAGUGCCACAAGGUUUACAGGAUGGAGUUUGGAGAGAGUGCCCUGAUAAUGUUUGAGUGGGAACGUGAGAUUGCACCUUUUCUCUCAGUGGUCCUCAGGGGACCCACCAUCCAGGGACUUCGGGGUGCGGAGCAGGCUGUCUAUUACGGCAUAGAUGCAUUUUCUCAGCUGUGUCAAGAUCCCAGACUGCUGCCAGGAGCCGGUGCCACAGAGAUGGCUCUGGCGAGAAUGCUGGUAGACAAAGGAAGUCGACUGGAUGGCCCCAAUGGUCUGGCCUUCCAAGCAUUUGCUCAAGCCCUGAGUUCUCUGCCUAAAACCCUGGCAGAGAAUGCAGGCUUAGCUGCCCAAAGCGUGCUGGCAGAAAUGAGUGGGUAUCACCAAGCCGGGAACUUUGUCAUCGGAGUGGGAACAGACGGCUUAGUAAAUGUGGCUCAGGAAGGUAUAUGGGACAUACUGAGGACCAAAGCCCAAGGGUUACAAGCAGUCACUGGGCUGGUACAGCAGCUGGUGACUGUGGACCAGAUUAUAGUGGCCAGAAAGACUCCUAGGUACAGACUCAUCCCCCAAUCCGCACAGAACGCAAACACAUCCUCACCCCUGAGAGCAAAAUUCUUUGGAAAGUACGAAUAGUGACACACUAAAUAAAGAAUGGUCAGGAUUGCAAAGUGACCUCCAAAA